UUUUUUGAAUUCUUUAAAAGUAAAAAUAACAGCUUUCUAGCCGUUGAGCUUGAGAAACAAAAAAGAAAAGGAAAAGAAAAUCCUUUGCCUGCCUCUCUCUAGAAAAAGUGAAAAAGUUAAGAAUUAAAACUGAGUCUUCCUCAAUCUUUGCUCUAAAUUUUCUGUUUAGAUUUGUAUCCCUUGCUGAGAUAUUAGAUUCUUCUUGGAGGCUGAUAUUUAGGGAAAAUGAAGGGAAUGAAAGGGAAAUUAUUGAAGAAGUUGAAAACAAUCAAACCAAUUGGUUAUUUGAAGCAAGAUCGUGUUCUUCUAGUGAAUGCAGCAGAUGGAUUUGUUGAAACAUUGUCAAAGAUACCAAUUUUCAAGUCACAAGCCCACUUCACUCCUGAAAAACCAGACGAAGACCAAGAAAGGGGUAAAGAAAACACUGGUAUUCUUGUGAUCAAUCAAGAACCUGAUGAUAUUAUUGAUGUAUCAGAGCUUAUGAAAGAUCUUGAAGAAGAUGAAAUGGAAGUUGAUGAAGAUAAAGAGAAUAUUGGGCCGUUAUUGAAGCAGGGAAAUGAUCCGGUGGGGGUUGUUAAAGAUAAUAUGGAGGAUACUAAUUCAGUGAAAAUGGAGUUGAGUUCUUUUAGGCAAACACCUUUGUCAGAGAUUGACAUCUCGUCUUUCCGGCGGCCGGAUUUGAAUUCCGGUACCCUUUUUGAUCCAAAUCUUCUCGCUGCUUUUGAACAAGCAGUUAAAGAACAUAUUAGGAUGAGUGAAGCUGAGAGGCAAGCAAGAACUGAGAAAGAGAAUAUUGAAAGAAGUAAAGAAGAAGAAAGAUUUGAGCAAGAAAACGUUGAAAGUAACAAACUAGCAAGACUUGAGGAGGAGAAUCCUGGAAACAGCCAAGAACCAAUAGAAAUACAAGCAAGAAUUGAGGAAGUGGAUCUUGAAGAGGAGCCUCCAUUGAAAACGCGUAGAAUUGAAGCAGAAGAAGAAGAAGAAGAAGACAAUGACCCUUUAUUAGGCUUUGAAGAAAAGUGUCCUCCAGGAGGUAGUGACUCGGUAAUUCUCUACACGACAACACUUAGAGGAGUACGAAAAACUUUCGAGGAUUGCAACAGUAUUCGUUUCCUUUUAGAGAGUUUCAGAGUUAUAUUCUACGAAAGAGAUGUAUCGAUGCACACCGAGUAUAAGGAGGAGCUGUGGAGAGUGUUAGAAGGGAAGAUACUGCCUCCAAGGCUUUUCAUUAAAGGAAGACACAUUGGUGGAGCAGAGGAGGUUCUGAGGUUGCAUGAGCAAGGGAAGUUCAGGCAGCUCUUCCAAGGGAUUCCUGCAGAUGGAUCUAUAGGACGCUGCGAAGGAUGUGCUGGUUUUAGGUUUGUGCUUUGUUUCCACUGUAAUGGCAGUCACAGAGUGGUUGAAGAUGAUGGAUUGUCAAGGAAUUGCCAGGAUUGUAAUGAGAAUGGUCUGAUAAUCUGUCCACUUUGUUGCUGAAGAUAAUUGCAUUGGGAGUUUUUGUUCUGUUCUUUGUGUGUCACUUGAGAUUCUGUUUCAUCAGUCUAAUUAGACUGGGGGUGUUGUUCUUAAAAGUUGAUUCUUCCAAUUCUUUUUGUAAUGCUUGGUAUAGUGAGUACAUAAGAAUGAAUAUUGUAAUAGUUUGUGGAAUGGAAUCACCUUUUUCCAUAUUCACUAGUGUAAAAUUCAAUGAUAAAUAAUUAACUGAUCCGAAAUUUAUCACA